AUGGUUCAAUUCAACGUGGACAUCCCGUGGGAGGAGCUCUCUGCACCUGAGCAAUCCGAGGGCUACUCGGCUCUCCAACCUCGCUCCGAAGUUCUAGUCAAGGGGAGCUGCACAGAACCAGGACGACUUGCCUUACCGUGUGAUAUCCUUGUUGAACACGAUGUCGCCAUCACAGUGAGAGAUGGUUGCAAGUUGUACGCAGAUAUUUACCGGCCCCCCGGCGCCGCGGAUAGAACAACACCAGCAAUUCUAUGCUGGAGUCCAUUCGGGAAAAAGUUCAACGGUGUCCAAUCCCUCAAACUCAUGACACCAUGGAACCUUGGAAUUCCCGACGGCGCACUGAGCGGACUGGAAAAGUUCGAAGCCCCCGAUCCCGCCGAGUUCGUUGACAACGGGUACGCAAUCGUGAAUAUUGAUUCUCGUGGUGCAUUCGACUCCGAAGGACGAAUGGCCAUCAUGGGUACUCAAGAAGCAGAGGAUGGCUACGAUGUAGUCGAGUGGCUUGCCAAGCAAGAUUGGUGCAAUGGCAAAGUCGGCAUGGCUGGGAACUCGCAUUUGGCGAUCGUCCAGUGGUUUGUUGCUGCCUUGCAGCCGCCUUCUCUGAAAGCGAUUGCACCCUGGGAAGGAUGCGGGGAUCUUUACCGGGAGCAGUUUGCCAGGGGAGGUAUCUAUGGUGGUGAUCUUUUCGACCAUCUAAUCAUCAAGUACAUGCUGCGAGGACGCCAUGGAAUUGAGAGUUUCCGGAAGAUGUUCGAACAUCACCCUGGGGCGAAUGAUUGGUGGAACGAUAAGCGAGCUGAUAUGACCAAGAUCGACAUCCCGACUUAUAUCACUGGUACUUAUACGAAUACCAUGCAUGGAAUGGGAGCGAUCAGGGGUUGGCUCGAAGUCAACUCGCCGGAUAAGUGGCUGCGAUGGCACCCUUAUCAGGAAUGGUACGAUAUAUGGGGUAACCUGGAAGGACGAAAGGAGCUUCUGUCAUUCUUCGAUCGUUACUUGAAAGACAUUGAUAAUGGCUGGGAGUCGACUCCUCGAGUUCGGAUGUCUCUUCUGAAAUUCGGAGAGAAAGCGCCGAUCGAAAAUAUCAUUGAGUCGGACUUUCCGCCCCCGCGCACAGAAUAUCGAAAGGCUUAUUUGACACCGGAUGGCUUGAACUUCGAUAAGCCAGCUGGUCCUGAUAGCGCCGUCUCGUACAACUCGCAGGAUGCAGAGGCAGGAGUUACUUUCAAGUACACUUUUCCUGAGCGAACGCAGAUCAUGGGAGUUCCCAAAGCUGUGUUGUACAUGCGAUGCGACGAUCUCGACGACAUGGAUGUGUUUCUCGUUCUGGAGAAGAUCUCAAGCUCUGGCGAGCGCCUCUUGAAUCUCAACAUUCCUUGGAAGAACGUACCAGUCUCUUCAAUUGCGGAGAUAUCAGAGAAGGAACGCACCGAGGUCGUUCUUUAUCAGGGUCCUACUGGUAUUCUGCGUGCAUCGAACCGGGACAUUGAUUCUUCUCGGUCCAUUCAUCCAAACUGGCCUUUCUAUACGCAUGAGAAAGAGGAGAAAGUGGCUCCUGGGACAGUGGUACGUUUGGAAAUCGGGAUUUGGGUAAUGGGAGUGGAAUAUGAAGCUGGGGAGUCUAUACAGUUGAGGAUUGGUGGUCGUUAUCAAGGUAUCUCGAACUUUGGUCAGGAUCAUACAUUGAACAGGGGUUUACACUGGGUGCAUAUGGGAGGAGAAUAUGAUAGCCACCUUGAGCUUCCCUUUGUUUAA